UUGAUCUAUAAAUAGUGAUUCUCAUCUGUGCUUUCUCAACGCUCAUCUCUUUCUUAGUCUUAUGUUUUCCUUUCUCAUUUAACCUUCUUUACAAGACAUGGAGUUACCUUGGCUCAGUCAAUUUCUCUGCCUUCUUUUGUAUUUCCAAACCAUAUGUUCUCCUUCUUUCUCUUUACCGUUAUUGUGUCCUCAUGACCAAGGCCUCGCCUUGCUCCAAUUCAAGAAUUCCCUUUUCACUAGUAGUUCUGUUUCUUUAGGACACCACAAGCUAGAGUCUUGGGAAGAGGGGACAGAUUGUUGCACUUGGGAUGGAGUCUUGUGUGACAUGGAGACAGGCCAUGCAAUAAGCCUUAAUCUUGCUAAUUUCAUGCUUCAUGGCAGUCUCAAUUCUAACAGCACUCUUUUCUUUCUUACCCAUCUCCAGAACCUCGACCUUUCCAACAAUGACUUCAAUGGCUCCCAUAUUCCUUCUCAAUUUAGCCGGUUCUUGAAUUUGACAUAUCUUAACCUUGGGUUCUCAAAUUUUUCAGGCCAAGUUCCAUCAGAAAUAUCUCUUUUGUCCAAAUUGAGUUUUCUUGAUCUCUCUUAUAAUGAAAACUUGGUGCUAGAAACAAGUACUUUUAGCAAGGUUGUUCAAAACCUAAGUAAGCUAAGAGAACUCAGUUUAAAUGGAGUAGACAUGUCAUUGAUUCUGCCCAAUUCAUUGAUGAAUCUUUCUUCUUCUUUGUCAUCUCUGAAACUUGCAUCCUGUGGAUUACAAGGACAAUUCCCAGAUGACAUAUUCCAUCGAACAAACCUUCAGGUGCUUGAUCUAUGGGUCAAUAAGGAUCUCACAGGAUCUUUUCCUAGAAUAAAUGGCACUAGGCCCCUCAGGUACUUGGCUCUUUCUAACACAAGCAUGUCAAUAUAUUUAGAGCAUGAUUUCUUUAAUAGUCUAAAUUUGUUAAAAGAAUUGUAUCUUAGUAGUUGCAAUGUUAUGGGGUCUAAUUUUGCAUGUCUUGGCAAUCUUACACAACUCACUCGCUUGGACCUCUCCAGAAAUAAUUUCAAUGGUCAAAUCCCAUCCUCGCUUGGAAACCUUAUUCAUCUCAACUUUCUAGACCUUUCAAAUAACAAUUUUGGUGGUCUAAUUCCCUUUGUAGUUUGUAAUCUCACAAAACUGCAAUUCCUGAGCCUGUCAAAUAAUAAUCUAACAGGGACAAUCCCUUUCCAAGUACACAAGCUUUCAUCCCUGAACCAACUCCACUUAUCUCAUAACUUUCUCAAGGGAGCAUUACCACCAUCCUUGUUUUCUCUGCCUUCUUUGGAAAAUCUAUUCCUUGAGAAUAACCUAUUCAGUGGUCAUCUAAGUCAAUUCCAGUAUACUUCUUCUUUGAAGUAUAUUGACUUGAGUCGUAACUUAUUAGAUGCUCCAAUACCAAGUUCAAUUGCCAAUCUUGUCAAUUUGGAUAGUCUUAUCCUUGCAUCAAAUGAAAAUUUGACUGGAGAGAUCCCUUUCUCAAUUUGCAAGUUGAAAUCUCUACGAAUGCUCGAUUUGUCUAAUAACAGGUUAAGUGGUUUUAUCCCAGGAUGUUUGGGAAACUUCAGCGAGUCAUUGGAGAUUAUUGUUUUAGGGAAUAACACAUUGGAAGGUCCAAUUCCAAGUUCGAUUUUCAAGCUUAUUAACUUGUUGAUUCUUGAUUUGUCUCCAAACAAAUUAAAUGGAGAGAUCCCCGCUUCAAUUUGCCAGUUGAAAUCCCUGGAAGUUGUGGACUUGUCUAACAACAAUUUAAGUGGCUAUAUCCCACGAUGCCUGGAAAAUUUGAGCAACAAUGUCCUCACUCGAGACAACCAACGAAUGAGCUCUGUCCUUAAUCAGGUAAGCGUGCUUUCCAGUAUUAUCUAUCUCGACUUAUCGAGUAACUGGCUAAAUGGGACAAUACCAUCUUUCUUGUUCAAAUUGUCUUCCUUAAGACACUUGCACCUUGAGAAUAAUCUCUUCACUGGCCAUAUUGGCGAACUGCCAUCAAGAUCGGUAAUGGAGGUUAUCGAUUUCAGUAACAACAUGUUGGAUGGUCCAAUUCCAUUUUCCUUGUUCCAUCUACCCUCUUUGCAGUACCUAUUUCUUCAAAACAAUUCAUUGACUGGUCGUAUAAGUCAGUUUCAGUGUCAUAAACUAAGGUACCUUGAUCUGAGUAAUAACUUGUUGGAUGGCCCAAUUCCAAGUUCAGUUUCCAAACUUGUCAAUCUCAGUGUUCUUAUUCUUUCAUCAAACAACAAACUGAUUCAAGAAAUCCCUCCUUCCAUUUGUGAGCUGAAAUCUCUACAAAUUCUUGACUUGUCUAAGAAUGGUUUAAGUGGUUCCAUCCCAUAUUGUCUGGGAAGCUUCAAAAAACUCUUGGUACUUGGUCUGGGUUUGAACAAUUUCCAAGGUACUAUCUUUACUACAUUUUCAGAAGGGAAUAGCUUGAGAUAUCUAAAUUUCAAUGGCAAUAAAUUCCAAGGGCACAUACCAAAAUCCAUCACCAAUUGUAGAUAUUUGGAAGUUUUGGACCUUGGCAACAACAAGAUAGAGGAUACGUUCCCUUCUUUUCUUGGAACUCUUACAGAAUUGCGAGUUCUUAUCUUGCGAUUCAAUAAGCUACAUGGUUCUAUGCAGAGUCCUUCCACCAACUUUUCCUUUCCUAAAUUGAGGAUCUUGGACGUCUCCAACAAUGUUUUGAGUGGGAAUUUGCCGUCAAAUUUUUUCAAGGAUCUCAAAGCAAUGAUGGAUGUUGAUAGAAACAUGGAAUAUAUGAUGAUGAAAGAUUACGGUUAUGAUUAUUCUGCAAGAAUGACAUGGAAAGGAUUGGACAUUGAAUUGGUAAAAAUCCGAACCACUCUUACAAUGAUUGAUUUGUCUGGGAAUAAAUUUACAGGGAAGAUUCCAGAGGCAAUUUCGAAGCUUAAAUCACUUAAACAGCUUAAUCUUUCCCAUAACUACUUUACUGGUUGCAUCCAGUCAUCAUUAGGAAAUUUGAGCAAUUUGGAAUCAUUAGAUCUCUCUUACAAUUUGCUCACUGGAGAGAUUCCUGUACGUUUGGUGGAUUUAACAUUUCUUCAAAUCUUGAACCUUUCUUACAACCAACUUGGAGGACUCAUACCUACAGGAAAGCAGUUCAACACAUUUGAAAAUAGUUCAUAUGAAGGAAACUUGGGAUUAUGUGGAUUUCCUUUAUCAAAAUCAUGCAACAGUGGUGAUGUCACACAACAAUUAGCACCAUCACCAAACUUGCAAGAAGGAGAUGCAACUGGGUUUGGGUGGAAAUCUGUAUCAAUAGGCUUUGCAUGUGGGCUGCUAUUUGGAUUUUCAAUGGCAUACAUGACGCAAACAAGAAGAAGACUACUAGCAUGGUUUUUGAGGGUGAUACAAAUUGUGGCAUCAACGCUCAAGAAAGUUUAAGGACAAAGUUAAUUGCAGAACUCAUAGAAGAAGGAAAGUUCGUUAAAAUAAUAAAGGAUAUGCAAUGUGUCUCGAAGAAGAUCUAUGGAUUUGCGCACAUAAAAAGCUUCAACAUAUAUGCAGAGACUGUUGGAAUGGCAACUAUCAUUUACCACACAACUUCCUUCUUUUUCUUUUCUUUUCUAUUUUUAGCUGUUUUUGGCUAACCAAUUUAUCAAUAGUUUUUCCAAUGUGUUGGUGGGCUAUGUUGUCACCAAAAAGAAUUUGUCCUUUUCACUGUUAUCUCUAUUUUCAAUUACAUGUAAUUGAUGACAAUUUUAUUAUUUCGUUUGAAAUAAUAGUUCAAUUUCCUACGUAAUCAAAGAAUGAGAUUGUAAAGAAUUUCAUUCCAAAAGUAUCGGGAACACCAGCAAGACACCAAUGGCUGCAGUCCAUUGCAGUAGGUCCUCCAAGCCCGUAUUGAAGGGCGUCCAUCUUUACGUUGCAGAGAUAGGAGUGUUUUAUCAUGCAAUUUCACAGGUUUUCUAAUCUUUCUCAG